CAAGGACGAAAAUACGAACUGAACAUUUUUUAUGCCGGAAAUCGAUCUGGGUUCACGUGCGUACGAGCCAUUGCAAAGAGUAAAAAGCAUUGCAAAUAUGCCCGGAUCCGGAAGGAAGCAAGACCUGUCAUGCUUGCCUAAAAGUCUGUCUCUGUCAUCGAUGUGGUCACCCAAAAGCAAAUGUCAGAUGUGGCUCAUCGAUUUCGAUCAUAAGUAUCAAUUGAAGGAAAUUUUGUUUUGAUGAUCAGAAUGGAAAUGGAUUGCGAUGGUGAGGUGGACGCAACACAAAAACUAGAUCUUCAUGCAAACGAGAGUCAUAGCUAUAGCACAAAUACAAAAAAAGCAGUGCUCCGUGGAGAAAGCAGUGCUCAUUUGCGCACGACCUCUUGAAUCGGAUCUGCGUAUGAAGGGCUAAGAGAAAUUGAGUAAGUAUGACAAGAGGAGCAUGUGGUCCCUUGUUUGAUUGGAGAUGAAGAUGAUAAGGCAUGAUUUAGAUUGAAGAACAGGAUGACAUUCAACACGAGAUAGUACUGUCCAUUUUUUCGUAGUUUGAGUUUAGAAUUUGUGUUUGUCUUCAAUUUCAAUUUCCUCUUCGUCGUCUCAGACUCAGUCCUCUCUAGCAUUGGUCUAAGUGUGGUAUUGGAAGAAAAUAAGAGUUCGUUUUUUCGAUAGAAACAACGUGAAUAUCAUAGUACACCAGGAAGAAAAGUUCUUCCAAUCAUCGCCAAAAUCGACGGCCGAAUCCCUCCUGCUACCUGCACUUCUACUUUGAGAAGUCAUGGCGAAGCACGGCCUACGUGGGAUGAAAAAGGCGAAGUUCCGCACCGUGCGACGGGACAUGAAGACUGCCGACCGGAAGAAGGUGCAAAAGGAAAAGAAAAAACACGCGAACGAGCAAAAGGAGAAAGAGCGGCUGGCGAACCCCCACGGCCUCUCCGCCGCGGACUUUCAGGGACAAGCUCAGGGGCAGCGGGCACGCACGGUUUGCAGCAAAUUGAGCUAUGCCCUCUGGUAUGGAUCGCACAUAAUGUGUCGGGGUCUGGAAAGUUGCGAUGUGAAUACAACAUGAAUGGCAUCAUGCAAUGCUGACCGCGGGCGCGGCAGUAUGCGGCUACGCAUAAGAAAUUCUUGUGCUGUUGUUUGAUACGCAAAUCGCGUUUUUGCACCACCAAGAAAUAUGAGGCAUCGUUAUUCCGUAGCUUAGCAUGCAUCACAGAGCUCAGGAGUAUGCGAAUGGGAUGAAAGCCGGGAGUUCAGCAUUACACGCAGCCUUCCAGACGCGCAGACAUGUUUGCAAUGCAUACCUGGGAGAGCCAGUGCGCGCUGGCGGGGCGCGAGGUGGAAAAUUGUUUGCUUGUCAUGACGAAGAAGAGCCGCAAAGAGUUCGAAAGCAAGCUGUUGAAGGCCGUGCGCCAGUACAACGCCCCUGGAGAGCGAAUUCUCUUGGUCGGCGAGGGAAACUUUAGUUUUGCGCGCGCUCUCUGCACCAGCCCUUUUGCAGCUCCGGUUGGAUCAUCUCCGCCACCUUCCUCUUCCAGCGGACGAGGAGGGCCUCGGGACGAGGACGUUUGUUCCGAUAGUAAAACAACGACAAGCCGAAGCGAGAGCCACCAGCAGGACGAAACGGAGCGGCCGACGGUCAGAGUUGUACUAGAGUCAGUGACAGAAGAAGGUGCUGCAGCUGCUGAACCCUGUAGCAGUAGUACCUAUGAUGACGGCCAGGUGGUGGCGAGCACUCUGUCGUCGCCAGCGGCACAAAAUGAAAAUGUAGCGGAAGUUGUAGUAGAUCACCGCUCCACCUUACCUGAAGCGAAGGAACACAGUUCUGGCUUUCCGGAGCAGGAUCUUCAGGUGCAAGAAGGCCGUGCGCUGCUUGUGGCCUCGUGUUACGACGAUAAGUCCACCCUGCUGCAGAAAUACGGCGAGGAGGCGAAGCAGAACGUGAAAUUUCUGAAAAAGCAAUUGAACACGCAGGUUUGCGUGGGCGUGGACUGCCGCAAGCUGUCGGAGGUGUUUGCAGACCAAAAGGAACGGAAGUUCGACAAGAUUGUGUUCCAGUUUCCGCACAGCGGGACCGGGGAGCGGGACCGGGCCAAGAAUGUGCAGGAGAACCAGGAGAUGCUCCAGGGGUUUUUCAAUGAGUGUGUGAAGUGCCUGACGUCGAAGACGGGGGAGGUGCACGUGACGCUGAAGAGCAACGACACCUACAAGGACUGGAAAAUUGCCAGCUGUUGCGCCAAGGGGAGCAACAACCGCCUCCGCGUCCGGGGCGCUUACGACUUCGACCCACGUUGCUUUCCCGGCUACGCGCACCGGCGAACCAUCGGCUUCAAGGAAAACUUAUCCGCGUCUGCCAAUGAGGAGAUUCUCAAGACAGGGGCGAAAACCUACGUCUUCGCCUGGACAAGCACUAGCUGUAGCUCUUCUUCUUCUGGCACCGAUGGAGCCACAGCACCUGAAAUCAAAAGUGGAGGUUGUAGUACAGGAGCAACUUCUGGCGAAAUCGUCGAGAUGAAGCCGACAAAAGGACGGUGUGGCUCAGAAAAGCAGAAAAAAAAAGCUAGCACUUCUAGCAAGAAGCGCAAAAAUGUUGAACACGGGAAAAAAUUGAUGAAAAAUCGGAGUGGUAAGACGUCGGGAAAAAAGAGAAGCUCCGGCGCGGACUCUGACUGAGGCCGCUUGUUCGCUGGACCACGACAACGACGAAUGUACCAUUGUGUCUUGCAGUCUACUUCAACAAAAAAAAGAUUUGAUAUACUUACGCAAAAACAUGCAAAGAGAAACAUCAUCAU